CAUAACCAAUGGUGAAAGGACCGGUAGCCCAAAAGCAGCUGAGAGCAGGCGCGCCAAAUAUGUUUCAAAGCUGACUGGGAGUCGAUGCCUGGCAGCCACUCGUUGCCUUAUUAGUUCGCCAGAGCGGUCUUACACUCACGUCGAAAAUGAAAAGCCGCAAUGGACGUGCUUACGUGGUUUGGAAGCAGUUGCCUCGACUUAAGACCUUUCUCAUACACCGACUGAACUCCGGCUCGCUGUGUUUGCGUUGAGAGCUCUUCGUGCUCAUCUUCGUCUUGAACGGCAAUCACCUUCGUCUUGGAAGUCUCUCACAAUCAUUACUGUCGAAUACAUUUUACAAUCCAAUCAGUCGCUUCCGUGCGAGGCUUAGCGACUCACUUGACAUUCUGAUACAUCCACGCCUGUUGGCAUUGUCCACAAGGCCCAGAAGUCAGAGAAAAUGAAGCAAGACAAUGUGAUUGCUGAAUUUAAGCAGUAUGCCGACGAGUACGUCCAGAAGCAUAAUUGCUACGGUAUGAGGGGAUACGAUGCAUAUGAAGACAAACAUGUAGCAUUUGUUCCCCGGUGCGCACUCGAGAGUUUUUGGACGAAGGAAAACAUGAGACGCGUUUUGUAUAGUCGAGAAGACUGGAUCAAAGACACUAUUUCCACCAUCCAGCCGCAAUAUCUCAUUGUUUUCUCCAUCCUCGUCUACAUGUCCCAGCCACAGCACAUCUCACUUUUCACAGGAGAGUUCAUCAAAGAUACAUCAUUGCCGCUGGCAGAUAAUCCGCAUGCGUACUCUGAAAAGGAGGAUUCGGAAGAGAAGAGGGUCUUUGAGGAAUUCCAGAAGGAGCAGUGGAGAUUCUAUCCCUUCUUGUUCAAGACUGAUGGAGGGCCCAAGCCUCGAAAGAGACAUCUUCCACCUCUGCAGAUCAUCCCUAUCAUAGCGAAAGACCGCAUCGAGCAUGCAGGGAACGUCCAAGACGACAAAGUUUGCGUGUAUCGAAUACAGCUACACCCGCAAUGCUUUUCUCAGCAGUUCGUCGUUUUUAAAACUUAUCGCGACAUAAAUGAGGAGGUUAAGCAACUUUAUGAGAACGAAGUAGAUAUGUAUACGCAGCUCGACGAUCAGACCACAUCUUAUGAUUCCAUCAUCAAGUAUUUUGGCUCAUUCGAGAUUCCCGGGCUACGGACCAUCAUACUUGAAUACGCCCCAGGCGGGAACUUGCAGUCCUUCUUCAAAGCAUAUCCUCCUCCUCUGGCCCACUCAGAUCGCGUUCUUUUCUGGGAUAGCUUGAUGGGCCUUUUAGGCGGCCUAGAUGCAAUUCACAAUCUCAGAAAAAGCCGUGGAGGAAAGGGAAGUUGGGAACUUAAAGGAACUCACCAGGAUAUCAGGCCGCAGAACAUCCUCAUUUGUCCUGGCCCGCCUGACAAUAUAUAUGCUGUAAGAUUCAAGUUCGCAGACAUGGGAACAGGCCACAUUCACAGGGCAAGAUAUCAAGGGCUGGGAUUGAAUGCUGAGGAUAACUAUGGGAAUGGGAUGUAUAGUGCUCCAGAAGCAUACCGAGAUCAAGGCGACUCAAAUUUGAUUCGAUGGGAGAGCGACAUUUGGUCUCUCGGCGGUGUCGCCAGCGAAGCCCUAGUGUGGACGAGAUGGGGAGAGUAUGGACGCGGCCGAUAUCAAGAAGACCGAGUGAGCGAAACCCACGUGACUCCUCUGAAUGGCGGCUUUCAUGAGGGCGCCUUUCAUGACGGAGCUCCGGACGGGGCUUGUCUCUUGGAUGCAGUGGACGAGUGGCAUCAGAAAGCAAUCAGCUACGCCGGUGAAGACUCUCAGUGGUUUUCAGAUGUCAGCGAAUUCCUCCUUUCAGGCAUGCUUUUGACAGAUCCCAGAGAGAGACUCAAAGCUUUGGAGCUUCAUGCUGCAUGGAAGAGCAGGAUUCUUAACGGCCCUCGCCUAGUUGAACCACACAGAAAGGCAGAGUAUGCUCCGAUCAGGUCUUCGAGGCCCCAUUCAACAUCUCGGAGGAGGGAAACCAGCCCGCUGAGCCGAUCUAGCCGAUGUACUGAAGAGCACUCUAACGAGAGAAUCGUUGCAACACGUUCCACCGGAUCAAGGUCAGAUGACCCUCCCGGUAUCAUUCUACAUUCACCAGAAGCAAUCCACGAAGAGGCAGGCUCAGGAAGAUUUCACGAGUCCCGAACGCCCCACAGAUUUGACUCGGUGCCUAAUCGAUCAACGCAAGUGUCCGGAGGUUUGCUGAACCAUGAAAGGCAUUUAUCGGUGCCAGGUACCGCUAAUGCUGCAACCGAAAUCGACCGCAGGUCUUCCCCGUGGGAUAGAUCACUAGAAACUAUUCCAGCUGAAAAUGUCCCAAAAGCUCUAAACAUUGAAGCUCAUGCAAAUACACCGACAGAUGACAGAGCUGAGUUGAUGGGAGCGCCAGAGCAGCCAACAAGGCUGAAUACCGCCAUUGAUUUUACGGCGCAUGGGUUUCAGGAUGAAGAGUUGCCAUAUAGACAGGAGAGGUUGCCGUCCUAUAGGGGACCUGACCCCAGUCUCUCUCCUCCGAGCCAUUCGCAGUGGAGUCCGGAACCCAUCUCUCCCAAGGAUCUCAACGAUGAUAUAACUAUGGAAACCAUCUGGAACGUAUGCAUAGAAGGGAAGAAACGCUCACACUCGCCAUUCAGAAGUUUCCGCAGUAAUAGAGGAAGCACGAGCUCCAACGUCAAAGGCAAGCCUCUGGAGGCAUACCCACAACUUGCCCCAUCUCUCCAAAAGUUGAAAGGAGAGACAGGCCGUGAUCAGAUAUUUCUUGUGGACGACUCCAGGUCCAUGGAGCCUCAUCAGAAGAAGGUAGCUACGAGUUGCCAAGUUCUCUCCUACUUACUCAAAAAGGGAGGAGUUGACCCAAAUUCAACUUUCGAGGUUUAUUUCACCUCAUCUAAACCUCCUCUUCAGUCGAACAAAACCUCGGAGCUCAAGCAAAGCAUAGAGGGAAUGGCGUUUCGUGAAGAACAGUGCAACAUGGGCCCAAGUUUGGACGGAGUGGUCAGCAAAGCUAUCCAGAACAAGAAGCCGGUUAGCAUAUACGUGCUGACGAAUGGCCACUGGAAUCUCAGGAACCAAGAGAGCUUCUGCGGUGUCGAUGGUCCGAUCAAGCGACUGGUGACUCAUGUUCAACGGACUAACGAACAACAGAAUUGGAUUGGCGUUCAGUUCAUCCGAUUCUUUCAAGACCCGGUCACGGCUGCUGACAAACUUGGAGAGACUCGGUUGAAAGCGUUGGACGAUGAUUUGAAACAAGAAACCGGAAUAGAUAUUGUCGAUACACGGAACUUUGACGCAGAUGUGCGCAAAAUUUUACUUGGCUCAGUCGUACCAGACGAGGAUAAUUCUUGAAGUUUCUAAUCCUCGAUGCACUUCAGCUCUGAGGACCUUGCCGGCAUGUCAGCAGAGGUGCGGCGCUAAAGACACAUUUUUUUUCUUCUCUUUUGUGCUACGUGUGUAUCGGCAGUAAUCGGUGGGCAGGGAGCGCUUACUUGUGUCCUAGUCAUUGUGGACAAGUCUAUAGACG